AACACUUCCUACACCAGCAAUCAAGCCGGAGGAACCAAGAUGGAGAGCUCAAGGAGGGCGGUCCUCCUGGUCGCGGUCGCGGCGGCGGCCAUCGGCCUCGCCAGUGCCAGUUUCCGGGAUAACUGCGACAUCAAGUGGAACGCCGAGAACGCGGCCUUCUCCGACGACGGCCAUGGCCUCACCAUGUCCCUAAAGAGCAACACCUCUGGCUGCUUGCUGCAGACGAAGCAGCAGUUCAUCUACGGCAGCGUCUCCACCCGCAUCAAGCUCGUCCCGGGGAACUCCGCCGGCACCGUCACCACAUACUACACAUCAUCGGUGGGGAAGGACCAUGACGAGAUCGACUUCGAGUUCCUGGGGAACGAGACGGGGCAGCCCUACACGCUGCACACCAACGUGUUCGCCGACGGCGUGGGCAAGAAGGAGAUGCAGUUCGUGCCCUGGUUCGACCCCACCACCGACUUCCACACCUACACCAUCUCCUGGACGCCCUGCAUGAUCGUCUGGUACGUCGACGACACCCCGAUCAGGGUGUUCCGCAACUACCGGGACAAGGGCAUCGCGUACCCGAUCAAGCGGCCCAUGUUCGGCUACUCCAGCAUCUGGUCGGCGGAGGACUGGUGCACGCAGGGCGGCCGCGUCAAGGCCGACUGGUCCAAGGCGCCCUUCGUCGCCAGCUACCGCGACAUGGUCCUCGACGUCUGCCCCUGCGACGGAAGCGACUCCUGCGUCUACGGCUGCGAGGGGGCCUUCGGCCAUGGAGGUCAGGAGCAGAACUGUGCUGGCCUCAGCGACCAGCAGCGGACCAAGAUGCUGGAGAAGCAGAAGUACAACAGGAUAUACGACUACUGCGUCGACUACAAGGACAACAAGAAGCCCGGCCCCGAGUGCAGCCUGCCGCAGUACUGAUGAUCCAGCUGCUGUCUGAUCGUGGCACGCACCAAGGAACAAUGGUUGCCCGGCCGGUCUACCACUCCAUACACAAUCGAUUGAUUGGACUGGGACUUCAUUUAUAGUAUUAUUAUUAUUAUUUGUUCUCAAGAUUUUUCAUUCUUGUCUUCCAAAUUUUGUUUCUUUUGAACAGCUCCAUCAUAUACCUAUGUGUUUGUGUAUAUAUAUAUUUGCAUUAUGCUAUGAUAUACAUGGAUGAGU